AUGAUAGAAAAAGGGACUAAUGAUAGAUCAAUGACAGUUUUAGAUGCUCAAGCGUCUAAAUUUGAUAUAGAUGGGAAUGUAAUAAGAUAUCCAGUAGGCAAAAUAAAACCUGCUAGCACUCAAAUUUUGUUUAUAAAAUCCCCCUUAGUUUAUCCUAACAGAACAACUAUAAAGCCAGACGACUUAAGAAAUCAAGAUAGUGAGUGCCCUUUUCCAGAUAGCGAAGCCAAAACGUUUAUUAAAGGAAAAGUUCUUGUUUUUUGUAUUUGCUUUGCUAUUGCUCUAAUUUCAAUAAUCUUGACAUAUUUAUAUGAAAAAAAUGAUGGAAUAUCCCUAUAG